AAAAAUGUUGAUCUCGGAAGGAUCAAUGAUAGAAAGGAGUGUAGACGAAGAUCCUUCAACAAUCCUAACACGGUACGAAGCAACAGCGAUAGCCUCUGUCCUUGAGGAAUGCGUAGAUCAACUGGCUGUCUUACAGCAUGCCAUACCAGCAGAGAUCGAUGAUCGUUGGGACGAUAUCGUGAAACCUAUUAAGGAGAAAUAUGGUGCCUUGGAAGAACCCCAUAUAAUAAUCAGGGAGGAAACUAAUUUGCCACCAUUGAUAUUGUCGAAGGCAGCAAAACUUCAGAGAGACAGAACUUAUAUGUACAAGAUUCUAAAGAUGACUCUCGAUGAGAUCAAACGUUACCAAAAAUUCGACAUCCUCAAAGAAGAGGUAAAUGAUAUUAUGAAGAUGUUGGAGGACGAGUACAAUCUCAAAGAAACUUGUAUGUUCUGGGAGAAUCAAGUUAAUCAAUUACGACAAUUGAUCAAAGACGAAACGAACAAACAGGAACGUGAGAAAAGGCAAUUGCUGAAAUUGGCUCAAAUGACAAAAGCUAAAGUCGAUGAUACUGUGUACGAGAUGGCAUUGAAAAUGGGUUACGUAAACAAGUGGGAAAAUGCAAGAUUUACUCAGCAUUUGUUUAAACUUACAACGGAAGAGCAAAAUCUUUUGAAUGAAAUUGACGAAUAUAGAAAAAAGCAAAUCGUAGAGAAAAUUGUUACCGAAAAAAUAUGUGCUUACUAUCAAGAGAGUAUCAAAGAUAUGGAGAAUGAGAUGUUGACAUGGUCCAAUCGAUAUGACGACGAAAUCGAACAAAGACAACGAGAUAUAAACGAUUUGAAGGUAUUUUUUUGUCUUUUAUUUAAUAAAAAAUUUUUUUUCCUUUCUAAUCGUUUAUUUUCGUUCGUCGUAAAGACAAAAAUUGAAGAACAGAAACUUGAAAUUCAAGAUUUACGUAUUAUGAAAGACGAGAGACAGGCAUUUAUAGACGAGAAUCUAGCUGAGAUAAGGAGAUUGGAAGAAGAAGCUAAAUAUCAAGCGAUUCUCCAUCGUGCCGCUACAAUAAUUCAAGCAGCAAUAAGGGGAUAUUUUGUGAGACACGAAUUAGGCGAGUAUAAAAAUCUUCGAGCACAAUUACGUAAGAGGAAAAAAUUGGCUGCCGCGAAAAGGAGGAAAUUGGAAGCACAACGAAAGAAAUUGGAAGAGGAAGAAAUGAAGAAAUUGAAAGAUACUAGAUUAAAAACAGGCAAGAUUAAGUGAGAAUAGAAAAAGAUGAAGAAGAAGAAGAAGAACCGAAGGUUCAACGUUGGCGCUUCGAAGGAUUACAAAAAAAAAAAUAUAUAUAUACCACUAGGUAAUUCGAUGUUUGUCCGUAUUUAUCUGUAUAAAUUAUUCAAAUAUACUUUUAAACAAUGA